UUCACCAACAGGCCGGCCAUCAUCUUCACCAUCAUCAAGCUUCAAUCCUCCAUCAUCGUGGCCAUCGCCAGCCGCUGCUCCUCCGCCCUGCACCAUCGAGCCGCACCUCCACCCUGCCUUCGCGUGUACCAGCAGCAAAAGGCCGCGUCACCAACCAUCACCAUCUUCCAAGUUUCGUCGCCUUCAGGUGAGUUGCUCCCUGCCGUUGCUGAAUCCCGUCGCACGUCAUCAAUCCACCGGCGACCGAGCAGCAAGCCUUCGCCGACGAGAACCUGCAAAUGGCGAGCCAUCAGAUCACAGCACCACCGAGGCUACAUCACCGUCGCCCUUGUUGCUGUCCCAUUUAUUGUGAUCCGUCGAUCAAUCUUGGUUUGGGUCAUCCUCAUUCUGGGCCAACAUGUAGACACGUGCCCUUCCUCCUCCUCCAAGUCUCAACUGGUCAUGUUGGGGUUGUUGCCGUGGUUGUUGGUUCUGUUGCUGACCGCGCUCCGGACAUUGCUUGGUAAAAUGUCCCGGCUUCUUGCAGUAGUAGCAGACCUGUUGACCUGCCAAGCACACUCCUCUAUGAGCCCUGCCACAGUUACCACACUGCGGCGGCCCAUCAGGCAUUUGGCGGAUAGGCUGAACAUUCUGGAUAUGAGGGUGAUCGCCACGUCCGUCUACUCCUCCACGCUUGUUCCGCUGUUGGUCACGUCGAUCAUCUCGCUUCCUCUUGCUCGAGUCUCCAUGACUCGCCACAAGGACCCGGAUAUCUUGUCGAAGUCCGUCCCUGAAUUUACGGGCUUUUCUCUCUUCCGUAUCGACCAUGUGUCGAGCGAAGGCAAUCAACCGGGUAAAAGCCCGAGCAUACUCAUCAACGGAAGUGGUACCCUGUCGGAGAUCAUAGAACUCUCGCUCCUUCUGGUCACGAUAGCUCUUGGGAAUGUACUU